AUGAGGUAUGGCUGUGAUCAGGAUGUUGGUAUGAGGUAUGGCGGUGAUCAGGACGCUGGUAUGAGGUAUGGCGGUGAUCAGGACGCUGGUAUGAGGUAUAUGGCGGUGAUCAGGACGCUGGUAUGAGGUAUGGCGGUGAUCAGGAUGCUGCUAUGAGGUAUGGCGGUGAUCAGGAUGUUGGUAUGAGGUAUGGCGGUGAUCAGGAUGUUGGUAUGAGGUAUGGCGGUGAUCAGGACGCUGGUAUGAGGUAUGGCGGUGAUCAGGACGCUGGUAUGAGGUAUGGCGGUGAUCAGGAUGUUGGUAUGAGGUAUGGAGGUGAUCAGGACGUUGGUAUGAGGUAUGGCGGUGAUCAGGAUGUUGGUAUGAGGUAUGGCGGUGAUGAGGACGCUGGUAUGAGGUAUGGCGGUGAUCAGGACGCUGGUAUGAGGUAUGCGGUGAUCAGGACGUUGGUAUGAGGUAUGGCGGUGAUCAGGACGCUGGUAUGAGGUAUGGCUGUGAUCAGGAUGUUGGUAUGAGGUAUGGCUGUGAUCAGGAUGUUGGUAUGAGGUAUGGCUGUGAUCAGGAUGUUGGUAUGAGGUAUGGCUGUGAU